UCCAACAAUACUUGUUUAGUGUUUAUGUAUGUUUCUCCCAUCCAAUUCUCUCUCUCUCUCUCUCUCUUCCUUCAAUUCAUCUCCGUGUCUAUAAUCAUUUGUGGCUACACAGUUAGAGUUACAGUUACCCCUCCUUGCCUCUCUCUUCUCUUCUCUUCUCUUCUCUUCUCUUCUCUUCUCUUCUACCAACCCAGCCUAGCUUUUAAAUAUAUAAUCCCCCAACUCACUUCAUAUAUCGAUCACAUUCACUCUUCAACCUCCAUACAUACAUCUCUGACAACAACAAAACUUCCCCUUUUUUUUUUUCUUCCAAUUAUCAUAUCAUCGUAUCGUAGGUAGCUUAGCUAGGUAGGUUAGUAUAUAUAGUACUUAGGUUUGUUAGUUACGUUGGUUGUUCCGGCUACUAUAUAUACCUGAGACAAGCUAAGCUAAGCUAAGGUAGGUGAUCAUAUUAAAUUAAUAAUAAUGUCUAGCCGUAGAUCAUCAUCGCGUUCCAGACAGUCGUCGGAUGGAGUGUCCAGAAUAAGCGAGGAUCAGAUCGCCGACCUCGUCUCCAAGCUCCAACGACUUAUCCCUGAGAUCCGAAACAGACGUUCCGACAAGGCGUCGGCAUCAAAGGUUUUACAAGAGACAUGCAACUAUAUAAGAAGGCUGCAUAGGGAAGUGGAUGACUUGAGCGAAAGAUUAUCGGAGCUUUUGGAAUCAACGGACAGCGAUAGUGCUCAAGCUGCUAUUAUCAGAAGCUUACUCAUGUGAUCAUUUUUAUUUAUUAAUUAAUUAUUAUAUUGUACUCUUAUAUAUUUAACUACAUACGCUAGCUACCUCUCCUCUCCAUCUACUUAUUGUACUUUGUAAUCAUUUUUAUUUAUGUCCAUUUUUAUUUCCACUUUAAUAUAUUAUUAAUU